AUGUGGAGCGCAGCUCGCCUUCUGCCCCAAGGUGUCCAUGAGAUACAUAAGAAGGGAUACCUCGAGAAGUUCGAGGCUCGCAUUGAAGGGCGCCUCUUCAGAUUUACCAAGAUCUAUCGAAGGAAGGAGCAAGCCAUGGACCCAAUCGAAGAUGGAGAUGACGAUGCUUCACACCUUGGAGAUAUUAUGGAUGACUUCUACGCGCUCAUGUACGAGACGGCUGUGCUGGUAGGACCAACGGGAACAAGUCCUUUGAAGACGAAAGAUUCAAGUAAGAAAAAGAGUGGAUGUGACUCCCCGCCACGCGCAUCUUCGCCAAUACACGAUGCAUACAAGAAACCAAGUAGCGGGGGUCCUUCUGUUAGUGUUUCGGCCUCAACAUUCCUUUCGAGAGAAAUAAUGGACGCACUUCUGCCGCCAAAAACGUGGCAGGAUUCGCAGGGCAAAUGGCAACGCAUGGUGAGUAUGCUACCUGCCACACGGACGGAGACCCAGCGACUCCACGAGACUUUCGACCAUCUAUUAGAGAAAUACCAGGCACGAGUCCACACGAUCUGUGCCGUUCGGGAGAAAUACUUCUUGCAAAUUUUCGCAUCGCGUACGGAAGACAGAAAGCUGUUCAAGCAGAGGCUGGUGUCACGGAGCUGGAACAGGAAAUUUGCCGAUUGA